AAAAGCCUCAGAUUAAUAAUGUUGGAGCCUUCGUCUUCUCGUUUUUUCCCUCUAGCUUAAGCUCAAACACCAGCCGUCGUCGUCGAUCUGAUGUCGCCGCAUUGAAACAAAGAAAAGGCAACGGUGAUAUGAUCAUAUGUGUCGAGCUCUGAUAUGCAUCAGACGCUGGGCGCAGUACGCCUUGCAUACCGCUCGCGUAUAGCUAACCUCGUGAAAUCGGGUAUGAUUGACAACGCUGUUCAGGUGUUCGAUGAAAUGCGUCACUCAAGCUACCGAGUUUUCUCCUCCGAUUAUAAUCGUUUCAUCGGGGUUUUGGUUAAAGAGUCUAGAUUUGAGCUUGCUGAGGCAAUAUAUCGGGAUAUGAUGCCUAUGGGUUUUUCUCUCAUCCCCUUCACUUACUCGAGGUUUAUCUCGGGUUUAUGUAAAGUUAAAAAAUUUGAGCUUAUUGAUGCUCUUCUGAGGGAUAUGGAAACCCUUGGAUUCAUACCAGAUAUAUGGGCGUUUAACAUUUAUUUGGAUCUGUUGUGUCGAGAGAAUAAGGUAGGUUUUGCUGUUCAGACGUUCUUUUGUAUGGUUCAAAGAGGUAGGGAACCCGAUGUUGUAUCUUAUACUAUACUUAUUAAUGGGUUAUUUAGAGCUGGUAAGGUCACUGAUGCUGUUGAGAUUUGGAAUGCAAUGAUUCGUAGCGGGGUUAGUCCGGAUAAUAAAGCAUGUGCAGCACUUGUUGUUGGGUUAUGUCAUGCUCGGAAAGUUGAUUUGGCUUAUGAGAUGGUGGCGGAGGAGAUCAAGAGUGCAAGAGUUAAGCUUAGUAUAGUGGUUUAUAAUGCGUUGAUUAGUGGGUUUUGUAAAGCGGGUAGGAUAGAAAAGGCAGAAGCUUUAAAAUCAUUUAUGAGUAAGAUUGGGUGUGAGCCGGAUCUUGUCACAUACAAUGUCUUGUUGAAUUAUUAUUAUGAUAACAAUAUGUUGAAGAGAGCGGAAGGGGUGAUGACUGAGAUGGUAAGAAGCGGGAUACAGCUUGAUGCUUAUAGUUAUAACCAGUUGCUUAAGAGGCAUUGCAGGGUUAGUCAUCCUGAUAGAUGCUAUUCCUUCAUGUUAAAGGAAAUGGAGCCUAGAGGUUUCUGUGAUGUUGUCUCCUACAGUACUCUGAUUGAAACAUUCUGUAGGGCGUCAAACACUAAGAAGGCUUACAAGCUUUUUGAGGAAAUGAGACAGAAGGGGAUAGUAACGAAUGUGGUCACGUUUACGAGUCUUAUCAAGGCUUUUCUUAGGGAAGGUAACUCUAGUGUUGCAAAGAAGCUCCUUGAUCAGAUGACAGAGUUAGGCCUGUCGCCAGAUCGCAUUUUCUACACGACAAUCCUGGACCAUUUGUGUAAAUCCGGAAAUGUCGACAAGGCUUAUGGUAUUUUUAAUGACAUGAUAGAGCACGAAAUUACACCGGAUGCGAUUUCAUACAACUCCCUUAUUAGUGGCCUCUGCAGGUCUGGUAGAGUAACUGAAGCUAUAAAAUUGUUUGAGGACAUGAAGGGUAAAGAAUGUUGUCCUGACGAAUUAACCUUCAAGUUCAUUAUCGGAGGACUCAUACGGGAAAAAAAAUUAUCAGCAGCCUACAAGGUUUGGGAUCAGAUGAUGGAUAAAGGAUUCACGCUUGAUAGGGAUGUGUCCGAUACACUCAUCAAGGCUAGCUGUUCAAUGAGUGCUGAUGUGUAGGCAUAAUAAGGGGAUAGACUU